AUGACAUUUGAGGACCCACCAGCACUCAUCCUGGCCAGCGUGGCGAUCUUGGCCGCCAUCUACGUCGUGCGAUGGAAGACACACCCGCUGAACUCUAUUCCUACUGUUGGUGGCUCCUCUGCACCGGGUCUAUCUAUUUUGGCGGCAAUCAACUUUAGGCGCAACGGGAAGGAGUUGAUCGAGGAGGGUUACCGGAAGUACUAUGGCUCGGCUUUCAAAGUGGCUUUGAUAGACCAGUGGCUUGUUAUAGUAUCGGGGCCGAAGAUGGUAGAUGAGCUCAGGAGGCGCCCCGACAACGAGUUGUCCUUCGACGAAGGGGUUGAGGAUGUUGUUCAGAUGAAGUAUUCCAUCGGACACGAGACGUUCGAGGACCCCUACCACAUCAACAUGGUCAAAGAGAAGCUGACCCGAACUCUUCCUGUCAUCCUCCCGGACGCAGUUGAUGAGCUCAAGCUUACGGUGCCCGAGUGCAUUCCCGCUAAGACCGAUGAAUGGACUGCUGUGACGGUCAUGCCGGCGAUGCAGCAGAUUGUCGCCCGCGUCAGCAGUCGGGUCUUCGUUGGUCUUCCAAUCUGCCGGAACCAGGACUACCUGAGUAUGGCUAUUCGUUUCGCCAUAGAUGUCAUAAAGGACAGGAAGAUCAUAACUAUCACCCCUUACGGUCUGAAGACAAUUGUGAGCAAGCUGUUCAGCAAGACGAAGCGGGUCUUCAAGCAGGCGACGCCAGUCAUGGAACCGGUCAUUAACGAGCGACGGGAAAACAUGAAGGCGUUCGGGGAGGAUUGGUCUGAUAAACCUAAUGACCUGCUUCAGUGGAUUAUCGACGAGGCUGUCCUCAGGAAUCAAUCCAAUGCCAGCAUUGUCGAGAGGAUCUUCUUGAUCAAUUUCGCGGCCAUCCACACCUCCUCUACUACCAUGACACACGUACUAUACGACCUCGCAGCCAGGCCCGAAUACAUCCAGCCACUCAGAGAAGAAAUCGAGGAUGUCCUCGCCACUGACGGUUGGACCAAGGCGGGCAUAGGCAAGAUGUGGAAGCUCGACAGCUUGUUCAGGGAAUCCUCGCGCCUCCACGGCAUCAGUCUCAUAUCGCUCAUGCGGAAGGCGGUGAAGGAUCUUACAUUCAACGACGGCACGUUCAUCCCUAAGGGCACAGUCCUCGUCGCCGCGGCCCACGCCACACAUCAUGAUGAGGUGAACUACGCCGACGCCGACGAUUUCGACGCCUUCCGCUUUGCGAGGAUGCGCGAGGGCGAAGGCGAGGGUGUCAAGCAUCAGUUCGCCAACACGUCUGUCGACUACAUUUCUUUUGGUCACGGGAAGCAUGCGUGCCCAGGACGAUUCUUCGCCUCGAACGAGCUCAAGGCAAUUAUGGCGUACAUCGUGCUGAACUAUGACUUGAAACUAGGCGGGGACGGGCAGCGGCCGCCGGACACGUACUUCGCCCAGAACAUGGCCCCUUCCCGGACCGGCCAGGUGUUGUUUAGGAAGCGCCAGGCUGCAUCUUCUUGA